AUGGAAUUUUGUGGAAGCAAUUUUUUUCGUCUGCGUCUGGCUUUAAGCCUAAUAAGUGGUAAAGCCAUUACAAUUAAGAAUAUAAGAAAUAAGAGGAUAAGUAAAAUUAAAAAAGAGAAAAUGAAUAAUGAAAUACAUAUAGAAGAAGAAAGAUCAUACGAGAAAAGUAAUGAUAGUUAUAAUGUUGUUGGUCUUAAAGAAUAUGAAGCGAAAAUAUUAAAAUUAAUUGAUAAAUUAUGUGAUAAUACUACUAUUAAGAUUAAUGAAGAAGGAGAUGAAUUAUAUUUUGAACCAGGAUAUCUUAUUGGUAAUUCAAAUGAAGAAGAUCCCAAAAAUAUUUAUAAUAUGACUUUUCAUUGUGGUAAAGAAAGAAGUAUAACAUAUUAUUUAGAAUUUCUUAUUAUGAUAGUUAUGUUUUUUAAAAACCCUGUAAAUAUAUUAUUAAAAGGUAUUACAGAUGAUAAUAUUGAUAAUAAUGUUUAUACUUGUAAAAUAAUAUGUGAACAUUUUUUUAAAGAAAUAUUAAAAUUAAAUGAAGAUUUUUUAUAUAUUAAUAUUUUAAAAAGAUCAACAAAACCUGAAUGUUCAGGUGAAGUUCAUUUCUUUAUGAGAAAUAUUAAAAAAAUAAAUCCUUUUGAUAUAACUAAUGUUGGUGUAGUUAAAAAAAUAAGUGGAUCAAUUGUAUCAAAUAAUAUUUCUUUAAUCUUUAGAAAUAAAAUUAUGAACCUUGCAAAAAAACAAUUAUAUCAUUUUACACCUUAUAUUAAUAUUGACACACCAAAGGAAGAUAAAAAAAAUAAAAAUAUAAAUUCUCAUUUUAUAUCUUUUUCGUUGUUUGCUCAUACAAAAUGUAAUUCUAUAUAUGCUACAGAUAUAUGUGUAGAUGAAUUAUUUUUAAACAAACUCAAACAGGGUAUACAUAAUAACAAAAAAUAUUCAGCUAUGCAAGAUAUUAUGUCAUAUAGUUUGGAUGACAAACAAUAUUAUAUUAAUGACAAUAAUCAUAAUAAGGAUGAAAAUAUAUCACCUACAUAUACACAAAAGGAUGAACAGAACAUUAUAAAAGCAGAACAAAAACAUAAUAAUUUAAAUGAUGUUGAUAUUUAUGAACGCCUAGGAUUUUUUAUAUCUUUAAAAAUGAUCAAUCAGAUUAAAGGAUUAUCAUCCAUAGAUACAAAUUAUCAAUGGUUACCUUUACUAUGUAUGGCUUUAGCUGGUGACACCUCUGUUUCUAAAAUAUCUUUAAGUGUUAUAAAACCAUAUUCUAUUACACUCAUUAGAUUAUUGCGUGAUUUUUUUAAUGUGGUUUUUAAAAUAGAAAAAGUGCAAAAAUCACAAAUUCAUUAUUCCUAUCUCAUUCAGUGUGUUGGAAUAGGAUAUCAAAAUAUUUUCAAAAAAACUUUCUAA